AUGCCAUUCGCGGAAGGCUUUGACUCCAUUUGGUCGCUGAGUCAGAAACCAACUUCGAACAACACAGAAGUCGUGAGUCUCUACCUUUCCACCAUCAGUAUGAGCGGGUUCGGGGACCCAAAGGGAUGGAUAAUGUCCAUGUCAACAAGCCCUGUGACUUUGACCCUUCCUUAUUCUACGACAGCGCUUUACGACGACGAUCGAGGUCAAGGACGUCCCCCAAUCCGGCCAUUGGAGCAUAGCAGCUCCCAACCUUUGUCCUUAGAGCCUCUGAGGCCAGCGAGGGACUCAGCAUCUUUCCGAUGGCACAGCAGUACACCUAUACCCACUCCAGCUUCUUCAUCCGGGUCCAUUAGCCCCGUUUCUUCCUCACGGCCAAACUUUCUUCCAUCCUCACAACAGCUUAAUGGCACAGGUUCAAAGCAACCGUUGCGGAAAGCCAGUUCAAAGCGGCUUAAUGGCACGGGGUGUUCGGCGCGUCCCGUAAUACCAAGGGUUAUUGUCGCAUCGUACAACCCCAAUCCGUGGCCCAUCAACGUAGGGCGUUCACAACGACAGACAGAGAGUUUUUCUCCGCGACGCAACGCAGAUGCCACACCAAGACCUACCGCCCCAGCAACUAACGAUGUUUACCCUUCAUCUCCGCAGUUUCAUAUGUCUGCGCCUCAGCCACCAACAACGUCUUCUCCGUGA